CACACACACACACACACUGAUAUCAGGACUUGACUUUAGACACACUUCAGCAGCAGCAGCAAACAUGUCGCGUUUCGUCGCCCGUCUCUCCGUAGUAUUUUCCCAGCAGGCGACGGUCAGAUCCGCGGUGUUACCGAGGAGGAUCCCGGUGUUACCGAGGAGGAUCCCGGUGUUCAUCCGUCCCGUGUCCACAUCGCAAGGCCUGCAGUCUCUCACCCGUUACAAUGAGACCACAGACUGGCAGAAGAAACUGACCCCAGAGCAGUUUGUAGUCACCAGAGAGAAAGGGACUGAGAUGCCCUUUAGUGGGAUCUACCUUAACCAUAAUGAAGUGGGGAUGUACCACUGUGUCUGCUGUGAUACUCCGCUUUUUAAUUCAGAGGCUAAGUAUGACUCUGGGAUGGGCUGGCCGGCAUUCAAAGAGGCUCAUGGGACAUGGGAGCGGGACGAAAGCCACGCCUCCAUCAUUCGUCGCCCUGACAACAGCCUGGGUAAUGCUGGGACUGAGGUCCUUUGUAAAAACUGUGAUUCCCACCUGGGUCAUGUGUUCAAUGACGGCCCGGACCCCACAGGUCAGCGGUUCUGCAUCAACAGCCUGGCGCUCACCUUUAAACCCAGAGAAAACAACAAGCCUGAAAACAAGGAGGAGCAGAACUAAACCCACUGGACUUAUAGACACAUUUGUGUUUCAUUUUACACAUUGAAGGACCACCCAAAUGUCAAUAGUCUACCUAAACAUGUUUGCAAGCUUUGUGUGUCACAAAAUGUCUUGGUAAUUGAAUUUUGAAUGAAGAGGACCUGGUGUUUAUGGAUAUAACCUGGACAGAAAUCUACAUACAGCUCCUUUAAAAACACAUUUCCUAAAAAGUAAUUGUAGUAACUGUUGUAUUAUUCACUAAUUCUUUGUUGAGUUGGUCUCCCUGAAUGUAAACAAUGAAUGUAUGAAUGUUGGAAAAAGGUCAAAAUACAAUCUGCCUGAAUUAAGACAACCUCUUUUAUGUAGAGAUUGCAAAACACAGGAGUUAUGACAUUACUGAUUCUGUGUUUUCAGACAACAUCAAAUUGUUUCAUCUUUUAGGAAUCAAAAGCAAAAUAACUUGUCAAUAAAUGCACCUUUUGUUUGUUCGCUGAAUGUA